CACUAUUUUAGCAAUCUCUUUUCAAAGAGUUAAUCAAUUUGUCAUUUUGCUGCUUCGCUUCUCAAGGCUCGCUGUCUUACUGUCAUUUCCAACAUCCAGGUCCUGUCCAUCCACGGAAAGAUAUUCCAAGAUGCCGACAUCAUCAACUUCCCAUCCAGUUGUUACGGAUCUAACCAUAUGUAUUCCCACCUCAAGGUGCGAACUAGACAUGCAAAUAUGGCACCGUAUAGAUAAGAACCUCAUCCUCGAUGAAUCUCCACGGAGCGCAUGGCUGUACGUCGCGCUAGUGGAUGAGAAUAUGCUCAAAGCUGAGGACCUGGUUGUAAUCGAUAUCAGCGUUGGCGCUGUACCUCCUAAUUCUAGCUCAGGUGGUCGCUGGGAGAAGCGACCUGGCGGAAUCUGGGUGCUAAAAGGGCAGUUCUCUCGAAGGAUUGACCAGACUGUGAAGCAGGUGGACGUUCUUUUUGGUACGGACGCUGUUGAACCACGACCACAAUGGGUUCUCAUGUCAUCACCCCUCCAGCUUAACGGCAAGCCAGAGGUCCCGGUUGCAAGGCUUAGCGUACUCCGCGGCAGGGCCAAACCGAUACCAGAUGCUCGGGCAGCUUUAAGAAUCGGGGAGGAUGGCAAAUUUAAGAUUGUCCAGAUCUCUGAUAUGCACAUGGUCACUGGUGUCGGGGUAUGCAAAGAUGCUAUUGAUGCCCAAGGCAAAGACUUGCCCGCCAGUGCCGCUGAUCCCCUUACGGUUGAAUUCAUCAGAAGCAUCCUGGAUGUCGAGAAGCCAGACCUUGUGGUCCUCACUGGUGAUCAAUUGCAUCACGACAUUCCCGACAGCCAAACUGCUCUCUUCAAGGCGGUUGCUCCUAUGAUUGAGCGUUCGAUCCCGUUUGCAGUCGUCUUUGGCAAUCAUGAUAGUGAAGGCGCCCAUGCAUUAUCACGUAGGACACAGAUGUCAAUACUGCAGAAUCUGCCUUUGAGUCUCUGCAACGAAGGCCCAGAGCAUGUUGACGGCAUAGGAAACUACUAUCUUGAGGUUCUGGCCCGCGAGCCGUCACAAUCCUCGUUAUCAACUUUAUAUUUUCUAGAUUCACACGAUGAAAUACAAAGCAACGUCAAGACACCUGACUAUGACUGUAUCAAGCCGAGCCAAAUCAGUUGGCUCACGGAGACUUCGCAGGCUUUACGAAAAGCGCGCGAGACCGGCAAAAACGACAACCAAUUUCAUCAGUCUCUGGCUUUCCAGCACAUCCCUCUUCCCGAGUUCGGCGACCACCGUCUUAGCAUACAUAGCGGCCAUCGGGGGGAGCCGACCGAAGGUCCCAGCUUCAAUUCCCGUUUCUACGGCGUGCUAGUGAAAGAAGGUAUAUCAGCAUUAGCCUGCGGGCACGACCACGUGAACGACUUUUGUGCUCUACUACCACCACAAAUGGAGCAGAAUGGCGACGUAACUCCUCAUACCGGCCCUUGGCUAUGCUAUGGAGGUUGCAGUGGGUUCGGGGGUUAUUGUUCGUAUGACGGUAAGCGAUAUCACCGACGAAGCCGGGUUUGGGAACUUGAUACGCAAACCGUGAGCUUGAGGACCUGGAUGCGGGUCGAAUACAAGAAGGACAGGGUUGACGAGCUGGAACUUGUAAAAAAUGGAGUUAUUCCUUAUCAAUGAAAUAAUUGCCUCUGGC